UAAUGCUUGUGGCAUAGAAGAAAGAAUCGCCUCAUUUUUCCCUUAAUCUCGGGAACUUUUCAGAUUGAGGCACACAUAAAUCAGCAAAUCCGAAAAAAUAAUAAUAAUAACGACCGGAAGAAUUCAGUCAAAUUUGGAAAUGGCGUGCAGGACUGUGUUCAGAACUGUAUUGACAGAAGCAUGGCGACCUUUGCCUGGAAAAUUAACAUCUUUUUCCUUUCCAGCCCAAAAAAUUCCAACGACUAAUUUGAGAUGUGGCUGUAAUGUUCCCAAGACUCGAAAUUUAUGCAUUGGGAGGAGAACCCGUCAUCCCAAUUGCUCCGAUAAUGGAAACCCGUCACCUUCAUCUGCAGAUGACCAAGACCAAGACCCCCCUCAAGAAGCUGUUCUCAAGGCUAUUUCAGAAGUUUCGAGGGCAGAAGGGAGGGUAGGACAAACGACAAAUGUGGUCAUUGGAGGUACAGUAACAGAUGAUUCAACUAAUGAGUGGCUUGCUCUGGAUAAGAAGGUGAAUUCCUACCCAACUGUCCGAGGGUUCACAGCUAUUGGAACUGGAGGUGAUGAUUUUGUACAGGCUAUGGUUGUUGCUGUAGAAUCAGUAAUUCAACAGCCAAUACCUGAGGGUCAGGUGAAGCAGAAACUAUCCUCUAGAGGCAAAUACGUGUCGGUAAAUAUUGGACCUGUCCAAGUUGUUUCAAGUGAGCAGGUCACUCUCUCUCUCUCUCUUUAUCUACCAACAUACAUAAAUACGUACGUAUGUAUGUGUGCAUGCGCAGCAUAUGUGUUUAAAUUUUCUUUGUGCAGUGAAAUAAACUAUUCUUUGAUUCAAAAAUGUUGGUGGAUACACCUUCUUGCUGUGUCUGAGCAAUGAGGAUUGGUCAAUGACUUUGAAGGCUUUCAGACGCGUAGGUUUUUUUUUUUUUUGGGUUAUUGUAGAUGUAGAAUCUAGUAACUUCGUAAUGGUUAAUCAACUGGUAUGUGUACUCUACUGCCUGAAAAAAGCACAUGUUGCUUUGUACUCUUAAUAAUCAACAGCAGUUGGCUAAAGAAAGAACCUGGCAGUUGUUAUUUGCGAUGAUAUGUGUAAUGUUACGUGCUCACGCACUAAUCAGCGACAUGACUUGAUUCGAUUUGAUUGUGCA